CCAGUGCGCCUGCGCACUUGCUAUAGCGCGCUGCCGCUGGAGUCUGGAGAUGAAGUGUAUUUUUUCACUGCUAGAAAAGAAUUGGCUUGGCUCGCCAAUACAGUUCACCUGGCAAAAAUCAUCAGGAAACUACCUUGCGGUAACAGGAGCUGAUCACACUGUGAAAAUCGUUGAUCGCCAUGGUCAAAAAAGGAGUGAAAUUAACUUACCCGGUAACUGUGUUGCGAUGGACUGGGAUAAAGAUGGAGAUACCCUAGCAGCGAUUGCUGAGAAAUCGAGUUGCAUUUAUCUGUGGGAUGCCAACACAAAUAAAACCAGCCAGCUAGACAGUGGCAUGAGGGAUCAAAUGUCUUUCCUCCUUUGGUCAAAAGUUGGGAGUUUCCUGGCUGUUGGGACCGUUAAAGGAAAUUUGCUUAUUUAUAAUCGUCAGACAUCUCGAAAAAUUCCUGUCCUUGGAAAACACACUAAGAGAAUUACAUGUGGAUGUUGGAAUGCAGAAAAUCUACUUGCUUUAGGAGGUGAUGAUAAAAUGAUUACAAUUAGCAAUCAAGAAGGUGACACGAUAAGACAGACACCAGUGAAAUCAGAGCCUAGUGACAUGCAGUUUUCUGUGAUGAAGACUGAUGACCGAACCGGUAUUUCUGAAAGCACGAUAAGUGUGGUGCUUGGCAAGAGAACUCUGUUCCUCUUUAAUCUGAAUGAACCAGAGAACCCGAUCGAUCUGGAAUUUCAACACUGCUAUGGCACCAUUGUCUGUUAUAAUUGGUAUGGUGAUGGCUACAUCAUGAUUGGUUUCUCACGCGGGAAUUUUGUGGCCAUUUCUACUCAUAUCCAAGAGAUUGGACAAGAGAUAUUUCAGACUCGUGAGCAUAAAGAUAAUCUAACCAGCAUUGCAAUGUCACAGACUCUUAACAAAGUUGCUACAUGUGGAGAUAACUGUAUUAAAAUUCAUGACUUGGCAGAACUAAAAGACAUGUACGCUAUAAUCAACCUGGAUGAGGAGAAUAAAGGCUUGGGUACCUUGUCCUGGACAGAUGAUGGCCAGCUGCUGGCGCUGUCUACCCAGAGGGGCUCACUCCAUGUUUUCCUGACCAAGCUCCCCAUCCUCGGGGACGCCUGCAGUACGAGGAUCGCGUCUCUCACCUCCCUCCUUGAAGUCACCGUCGCCAACCCCGUGGAAGGAGAGUCACCCAUCACCGUUUCGGUUGACGUGGAACCCAGCUUCGUGGCAGUAGGUCUCUACCAUCUGGCUGUGGGGAUGAAUAAUCGAGCUUGGUUUUACGUCCUCGGAGAAAACGCUGUGAAAAAGUUGAAAGACGUGGAAUAUCUGGGAACUGUCGCCAGUAUCUGCCUUUAUUCUGAUUACGCGGCCGCACUCUUUGAGGGCAAAGUCCAGUUACACUUGAUAGAAAGUGAAAUCUUGGAUACUCAGGAAGAACGGGAGACUCGGCUUUUCCCAGCAGUGGACGAUAAGUGCCGCAUCCUGUGUCACGCCCUCACCGCCGACUUCCUCAUCUAUGGCACCGACACUGGAGUCAUUCAAUAUUUCUACAUUGAAGACUGGCAAUUCGUUAAUGAUUAUCGACACCCUGUCGGCGUGAAAAAGAUUUUUCCUGACCCAAACGGGACCAAAUUAGUUUUCAUUGAUGAAAAAAGUGAUGGAUUUGUUUACUGUCCAGUUAAUGAUGCCACCUAUGAGAUUCCAGAUCUUUCGCCAACCAUCAAAGGUGUUCUUUGGGAAAACUGGCCAAUGGACAAAGGUGUGUUUCUUGCUUAUGAUGAUGACAAGGUAUACACUUACGUCUUUCACAAGGACACGAUCCAAGGAUCCAAGGUUAUUUUGGCUGGCGGCACCAAAGUACCCUUCUCUCAUAAACCUUUGCUGCUCUAUAAUGGAGAGUUGAUCUGCCAGACACAGAGUGGUAAAAUAAACAACAUCUACCUUAGCACCCACAGCUUCCUCAACAGCUUAAAAGAUACGGGGCCGAAUGAGCUGAGACAGAUGCUGGCACAGACUUUAAUGCUGAAAAGGUUUUCUGACUCCUGGGACAUCUGCAGGAUUCUGAACGACAACGCUGCCUGGAAUGAGUUGGCCGAAGCUUGUCUACACCACAUGGAAGUGGAGUUUGCAAUCCGUGUUUACCGGACAAUCGGGAAUGUUGGCAUGGUGAUGUCUUUGGAAGGAGUAAAGGGAAUAGAGGACUACAACCUUCUGGCGGGACACCUCGCCAUGUUUACUAAUGACUUCAACCUGGCCCAAGACCUGUACCUUGCAUCCAGCUGCCCUGUUGCUGCCCUGGAGAUGAGAAGGGAUUUACAGCACUGGGACAGUGCUCUACAACUGGCAAAACGUCUGGCCCCAGACCAGAUACCAUUUAUAUCAAAAGAGUACGCUAUUCAGCUUGAAUUCACGGGUGAUUAUAUAAAUGCUUUGGCUCAUUAUGAGAAAGGAAUAACAGGUGAUAAUAAGGAACACGAUGAAGUGUGUCUGGCUGGAGUGGCCCAGAUGUCCAUACGGAUGGGGGACAUACGCCGAGGAGUGAGCCAGGCCCUCAAGCAUCCCAGCCGGGUCCUGAAGAGAGACUGUGGAGCCAUACUGGAGAACAUGAAGCAAUUUUCAGAAGCAGCCCAACUCUAUGAAAAAGGCCACUACUAUGAUAAAGCAGCGUCUGUUUACAUCCGCUGUAAGAACUGGGCAAAAGUUGGUGAGCUCCUCCCUCACGUUUCCUCUCCUAAGAUCCACCUGCAGUAUGCCAAGGCUAAAGAAGCAGACGGCAGGUACAAAGAAGCUGUUGUAGCCUAUGAGAAUGCAAAACAGUGGAACAGUGUGAUCCGUAUCUAUCUGGACCACCUCAACAAUCCCGAAAAGGCUGUCAGUAUUGUCAGAGAGAGCCAGUCUCUGGAUGGAGCCAAAAUGGUAGCCAGGUUUUUUCUACAGCUCGGUGACUAUGGGUCUGCCAUCCAGUUUCUUGUCAUGUCCAAAUGCAACAACGAAGCUUUCACCCUCGCUCAGCAACACAAUAAGAUGGAAAUCUAUGCAGACAUUAUUGGUUCUGAAGACACCACCAAUGAAGACUACCAAAGCAUUGCUUUAUACUUUGAAGGAGAAAAAAGACACUUUCAGGCUGGAAAAUUCUUCUUGCUCUGCGGCCAGUAUUCUCGAGCACUUAAACACUUUUUGAAAUGCCCAAGCUCAGAAGAUAACGUGGCAAUAGAAAUGGCAAUUGAAACGGUUGGUCAGGCCAAAGAUGAACUGCUAACCAGUCAGCUGAUAGACCACCUGAUGGGGGAGAGUGACGGCAUGCCCAAGGACGCCAAGUACCUGUUCCGCCUGUACAUGGCUCUGAAGCAGUACCGAGAGGCGGCCCGCACUGCCAUCAUCAUCGCCAGGGAAGAGCAGUCUGCAGGAAACUACCGCAACGCACACGACGUUCUCUUCGGUAUGUACGCAGAGCUUCAGGCCCAGAAGAUCAAGAUUCCCUCCGAGAUGGCCACCAACCUCAUGAUUCUGCACAGUUACAUCCUGGUGAAGAUUCACGUUAAGAGCGGGGAUCACAUGAAAGGGGCACGUAUGCUCAUCCGGGUGGCCAACAACAUCAGCAAGUUCCCGUCACACAUUGUCCCAAUCCUGACGUCCACCGUGAUUGAGUGCCACCGCGCAGGCCUGAAGAACUCUGCCUUCAGCUUCGCAGCCAUGUUGAUGAGGCCCGAGUACCGCAACAAAAUAGACGCCAAGUACAAGAAGAAGAUCGAGGCCAUGGUCAGGAGACCCGAUACAUCGGAGAUAGAGGAAGCCACGACCCCUUGUCCAUUCUGCGAAUUUCUUCUCCCGGAAUGUGAACUCCUCUGCCCCGGAUGUAAAAACAACAUCCCUUACUGCAUCGCCACAGGCCGACACAUGCUGAAGGGUGACUGGACGGUGUGUCCACACUGCAACUUCCCCGCUCUCUACUCAGAAUUUAAAACCUUGUUGAACACCGAAAGCACUUGUCCUAUGUGUUCGGAAAGGUUAAACUCUGCUCAGCUGAAGAGCGUUUCAGACUGCACCCAGUACCUGCAGACGGAGGUGGAACCCUGAGUAGCGUGUGGACAUGUUCCUGAGAAGACAGCAUUUUCCCCUAGGAGGCUGUGUUUCCACCUCUGGUGGAUUUAGUAGAUGGUCCUUCGUAGAUACAGGAAAACGAAGCCAAGGUGACUUCUCCAGGUCGGCACUUUCGACUUCUACAGAGCGGCAAGACUGACACGCAUCCUUACUGUUUAUUGUACUUUGUAGAUUUCCUCUCCAAAGUCUUACAUAUUCUGUGUUCUGCACUGUUAAUAGGAACCUGUGGCAUAAUUGUAAAUAUUCAGCUUUUUGAUAACUUUUAUAUUUUGAAAUAUCUCCUUUAAAUAAAAUCACAUAUUCGUAAUGUUUUCCUGACUUUGAAUACAGAAAAAGUUAGUAGCAUUGAAGCGCACUGUCAAGUUCAAACAGAACAGAUGUUUGCAGUAUUAAAAGUUAC